CGCGCCGCGGCCAGCCCGUCUUAUCCUCCACUGCUCCCGGCCGGAGCACAGCACCCGGGCGCCUCGUCGCGCACGGCCCCGAGGGCAUGCAGCAGCCGCAGGGGCCCCCGCUCCCGGGCUCGGCGGCGGGCGAGCGGAUGUUCAGUUCUUCUCCACAAUGAAUGAAUGUUACUAUGAUAAGCGGAUGGACUUCUUUUAUAAUAGGAGCAACACAGACACUGCCGAGGGGUGGACAGGAACCAGUCUUGUGAUUGUUUUGUGUUUUGGAACAUUUUUCUGCCUGUUUAUUUUUUUUUCUAAUUCUCUGGUCAUCGCAGCAGUGAUCAAAAACAGGAAGUUUCAUUUCCCCUUCUACUAUCUGUUGGCUAACCUAGCUGCUGCGGAUUUCUUUGCUGGAAUUGCCUAUGUAUUCCUGAUGUUUAACACGGGUCCCGUUUCAAAAACUUUGACUGUCAACCGCUGGUUCCUCCGCCAGGGGCUCCUGGACACUAGCCUGACGGCCUCUCUGACCAAUUUGUUGGUUAUUGCUGUGGAGAGACACAUGUCAAUCAUGAGGAUGCGGAUCCACAGCAACCUGACAAAGAAGAGGGUGACGCUGCUCAUCCUGUUUGUCUGGGGCAUCGCCAUCUUUAUGGGGGCGGUUCCCACACUGGGCUGGAAUUGCCUGUGUGACAUCUCUACCUGCUCUUCCCUGGCCCCCAUUUAUAGCAGGAGUUACCUCAUUUUCUGGACUGUGUCCAACCUUGUGGCCUUCUUCAUCAUGGUUGUGGUGUACCUGCGAAUCUACAUGUAUGUCAAGAGGAAAACCAACGUCUUGUCUCCACAUACAAGUGGGUCCAUCACCCGCCGAAGGACCCCCAUGAAGCUAAUGAAGACGGUGAUGACUGUCUUAGGGGCCUUCGUCGUGUGCUGGACCCCGGGCCUGGUGGCCCUGCUGCUGGACGGCCUGAACUGCACGCAGUGUGGCGUGCAGCACGUGAAAAGGUGGUUCCUGCUGCUGGCGCUGCUCAACUCCAUCAUGAACCCCAUCAUCUACUCCUACAAGGACGAGGACAUGUACAGCACCAUGAAGAAGAUGAUCUGCUGCUUCUCUCAGGAGAGGAACCCGGAGAGACGCCUCUCCAGCCUCCCCUCCACCAUCCUCAGCAGGAGCGACACCAGCAGCCAGUGUAAGGAAGACAGUAUCAGCCAAGGCACCGUCUGCAACAAGAGCAGUUCCUGAGCGGGGGUGUCCCUGUGCCCCCCAGGCCGCCUCUAGGAAAGGAGCUCUUGAAAAUGGCUACCUGUCUGAUGACACCCACCUACAGAGUUAUUUGGGGUCUAAAUUAAUCACGGGCAGAUUUUUUUUUUUUAAUUAUUUUACAUAGUUUAGAAGCAU